UGUUCGCACCAUUUUGUGAUGAACCAGAAGAGAGAAGACCGACAGGGCAGUGUAGUUAGCUGUAUAGGUAGAUAAUCGCUAGUUUUUCCUCGAAAUUAUAAAUUAAGGAAGAGGGGAUUAUUAUUACCAUUAUUAUAAAUAACGACUUUACCGGAAGUUUCUUUGAUCAGCUAGCUUUUAGGGAUCAGUUGAGUCAGUUAAGCUAGCUAGCUAGCGCGUGAGCCGAGCGGCUAAUAAAGCUGCUUUACAUUAAACAUUAAAUCAACAGAUACUCGAACAAAGAUCAAGCCGACAAGAGCGAGAAGAACAUGAGCUCCCCCUCAACUCAAAAAGUCGUGCUGAAAAGCACCACCAAGGUGUCGCUGAACGAGCGGUGAGGCUCCACGCAUCCUGACAGCACUAUCUCAAGCCCCGGGGGGAGAAAAACAAAACAAUCAUGCAGAGAUACUUAAGGCACGGUGCAGGAAGCCAUGCUCUGUGGAGGUCAAUGAGGGGAGAUACCAGAGCAGAGCAGAACGGGCGCGGACGCCAGGCUGCUCGCGGUUUGUGCACUGCUCACCUAACAUGGCUCCGGACGCGCGUACGCGCCGCGCCGGAGACCCGCUGACGGGCUUUCCGUCACGUCGGCCAUCUUGCGUAAGCAGUGCACACCCUGAGGUGAGAGGGGGAAGUGUAAUCAUGGUGAGGUAAGCUUCCUGCACAAGAACCUCCUCGAACAUGGCAGAGAUGAGAUUUAACGAACCGUGCCAUAUUUCUUGCCCUCUCUCUCUCACACAAACUCUCUCACUUAGACCUCCUCCUCUUCUUCUUUUCAACUCCAUUUCCAUCUUUUCUCACUCUCUCGCACAAGGCGCUCAGCCCGUGCCCGGACGUGACCCGCUCCCAUCACCCCCUUCCCCUGUUUCCCUCACGAGCCUCUCGCAGCAAAAAAAAAAAAGUCCAGAGGUCACGGUCCGGGCUGUAAGUGGCCGAGUUGCCAGACACCCCCUCAAGUCCUGGUCCGCCUUCCGUCUCGUGUCGUCCGAGUCUGACGACGUGAAGACGGCGGUCCGUAAGUGGCAGCGACUCUGAAAAUCCUCCUUCUUUCACGUCUUCGUUCUUGCUGUAAUCUGCCUCUGUUUGCUCUUCUCCCUCGCUUUUAGAAGUUGACAGGCUUUUGGUUGAAAUGUUGGGGUGUCACCAGACUUUACCAAGAGAGAGUGUAAUGAAGGGGGGGGGGAGAGAAAAAGAAAAGAGAGCGCCUGAUAAACAGGCCGUCAGUGAAUUGCUACAGGUUCCCCUGUGGCUACGUCCAUGGUGUGUGAAGUGAUUUGAUGUGGAAACCUCCUUUCCUCGUAUCCCCCUCUCCUCUAUCUCUCUCUCUCUCUCUCUCUCUCUCUCUCUCUCUCUCUCUCUUUCUAUCUCUCCCUCUCUUUGCUCUCCGCUCCUUUCGGUUGCGUCCCACAAGCUUCACAAACAUGAUGAAGAACAAGCAGCCGACCGCCGUUAGCAUCCGGGCGACGAUGCAGCAGCAGCACAUGGCCAGCGCCAGGAACCGCCGCCUCGCCCAGCAGAUGGAGAACAGGCCGUCGGUGCAGGCAGCACUGCAGCACAAACAGAGCCUGAAGCAGCGGCUCGGGAAGAGCAACAUCCAGGCACGUCUGGGCCGGCCCGUCGGCCCGCUGAUGCGAGGAGGCGCCGGGGGGCGUGGCUUCGGCGUGGUAGGAAUGCGCGGAGCUACACGAGGCCUCAGAGGACGAGGAAGAGGAGGUCCUAUGAGAGGAGCGCUGGCUUUUAGAGGUCAGCUAAAGGGCAGAGGUGGUCCAGGGCGUCUGGGUAUUCGCAGAGGAAUGCGUCAGCGUGGGGGAGCCCCGGGUCGAGGAGCCGCUCUGAUUGGACGUGGAGCCGCGCGCGGAGGAGCUGGAGCCCGAGGUCGUGGAGGGCUGCGUGGUCGAGGCGGUUUCCUCGGAAGAGGCCGUGGUCGAGGUAGAGGCAGAGGAACGGGACGCCCUGCUGUCACCAGGGAACAGCUGGACAAUCAGCUGGACGCCUACAUGUCCAAAACCAAGGGACAUCUGGACGCAGAGCUGGACGCCUACAUGGCCCAAGCUGACCCAGAGAGCAUGGAGUGAUCUGCACAUGCACGCCCUGUUCGGCAUCUCGUCAGUUAGGCAUAUAGUUACAGGCCUUUUUUUUCCCCCCCUGAACGUCCAAUUUAAUAAAACUGCUAUUUACACUGAACUUUCUACAAAGUGAUGAGAUAUAUCUAUAUAUGUAUACACAGUGAGAGUUGGAUGUACUGUCAGAUGUUAAGCUCCUUAAGCGUUCUGAUUUAGAGCGUAGGCUCGUUUAGUGUUCACGCAGUGCCAAUAGAAAUGCCGAUUGAAGGAUCGUGGACGUUUCCAUCCACACUGUAAAACCCCGUGCCCUGUAACUAGGAGCUCUGCCCCUGACAUGGACCCUCAGUAAACAGACUUUUUACCCUGUGAGUUUUAUUGAGCCGGACUAUGGGGAAAUUUAUUAUUGGUCUACUCUAAAAACCUAAUCAGAUUUGUUCUGGCACAUGAUGUCCCUGGAUACACUGUGCCACAAACACGCUUCCUCUCCAUCUUAUGAUAUUUUAUUGUGAUUUUUAACGGUCAUGUUGUGCUCAUGAACUCCUCACAGUUAUUGAUGACUGCAGUUGUUUUUGUGUUUAAAAAAAAAAAAAGUCCACUACAAAACACCUUGGUCUGUUGUAAUUCUACCGCUGUUUUUACUUUGUCUUUUAAUAAACAUUGGCCUUGAUGGACAACAAA